AAAAGCAGGCUCUGUGAGUCGCCGAGAGGCAGCGCGGCGGCUGCUGUGAGAAGUGCGGGUGCGGAGCCGCCGGCGGCCCGGCUUCUCAGCGCCGGGGCCUGGACUGGCACGGAGGCCGGAGCCGCCCCAGGAGCCCGAGGCCGGAGCCGAGGAGGAAUGUGACCGCGGGUCGGCGGGGGCGCGGGAGUACGCGAGCGCAGGGAUGGGGCAGCAGGUGGGCCGCGUCGGGGAGGCUCCGGGGCUUCAGCAGCCGCAGCCCCGCGGGAACCGGGGCAGCAGUGCAGCCAGGCCCUCCGGCCGCAGGCGGGACCUGGCGGGGCGCGCCACAGAGGCCGGCUUCAAUAUCUUCACCCAGCAUGAUCACUUUGCCAGCUCUGUGGAGGAUGGAUUUGAGGGAGACCAGACUGGAGGCGGUAGUCCAGAAGCCUUGCACCGCCCCUAUGGUUGUGAUGUUGAACCCCAGGCACUGAACGAGGCCAUCAGGUGGAGUUCCAAAGAGAACUUGCUGGGAGCCACUGAGAGUGAUCCUAAUCUCUUUGUUGCACUUUAUGAUUUUGUGGCAAGUGGUGAUAACACACUCAGCAUCACUAAAGGUGAAAAGCUACGAGUCCUUGGUUACAACCAGAAUGGUGAGUGGAGUGAAGUUCGCUCUAAGAAUGGCCAAGGUUGGGUGCCCAGCAACUACAUCACCCCAGUAAACAGUCUGGAAAAGCAUUCCUGGUACCACGGACCUGUGUCACGCAGUGCAGCAGAGUAUCUACUGAGCAGCUUAAUCAAUGGCAGUUUCCUGGUGCGAGAAAGUGAGAGCAGCCCUGGGCAGCUGUCCAUCUCGCUCAGGUACGAGGGGCGUGUGUAUCACUACAGGAUCAACACCACCACAGAUGCCAAGGUGUAUGUGACUGCCGAGAGCCGCUUCAGCACCUUGGCAGAGCUGGUUCACCAUCACUCCACCGUGGCUGAUGGGCUGGUGACAACGCUGCACUACCCUGCACCCAAGUGUAACAAGCCUACAGUUUACGGUGUGUCCCCCAUCCAUGACAAAUGGGAAAUGGAGCGAACAGAUAUUACCAUGAAGCACAAGCUUGGGGGUGGUCAGUAUGGAGAGGUUUACGUUGGCGUCUGGAAGAAAUACAGCCUGACAGUUGCUGUGAAAACACUGAAGGAAGAUACCAUGGAGGUGGAGGAGUUCCUGAAAGAAGCUGCGGUGAUGAAGGAGAUCAAGCACCCUAAUCUGGUACAGCUGUUAGGUGUGUGUACUUUGGAGCCACCAUUUUACAUUGUGACUGAAUACAUGCCCUAUGGAAACCUGCUGGACUACUUGCGAGAAUGCAGCCGAGAGGAGGUGACCGCGGUCGUGCUGCUGUACAUGGCCACGCAGAUCUCUUCUGCAAUGGAGUAUUUAGAGAAGAAGAAUUUCAUCCACAGAGAUCUUGCAGCUCGGAACUGCCUAGUGGGAGAAAACCAUGUGGUAAAAGUGGCUGACUUUGGCUUAAGUAGAUUAAUGACUGGAGACACCUACACUGCUCAUGCCGGAGCCAAAUUUCCUAUUAAAUGGACAGCACCAGAGAGUCUUGCCUACAAUACCUUCUCAAUUAAGUCUGACGUUUGGGCUUUUGGGGUACUGUUGUGGGAAAUUGCUACCUAUGGAAUGUCACCGUAUCCAGGUAUUGACCUGUCUCAGGUCUAUGAUCUACUGGAAAAGGGAUAUCGAAUGGAACAGCCUGAAGGAUGCCCCCCUAAGGUUUAUGAACUUAUGAGAGCAUGCUGGAAGUGGAGCCCUGCUGACAGGCCUUCUUUUGCUGAAACACAUCAAGCUUUUGAAACCAUGUUCCAUGACUCCAGCAUUUCUGAAGAGGUAGCUGAGGAGCUGGGGAGAGCUGCCGCCUCCUCGUCUGUCGUCCCCUACCUGCCCCGACUACCUGUGCUUCCUUCCAAGACCCGGACGCUGAAGAAGCAGGCCGAGAACAAGGAGAACAUCGAAGGCUCCCUAGACGCCCCCGACGGCUCUGCUUCCAGUUCAGCACCAGGGUUCAUUAGAAGUGCACAGGCCCCCAGUGGGUCCCCAGCACUGCCUCGCAAACAAAGAGACAAGUCACCCAGCAGCCUCUUGGAAGAUGCCAAAGAGACAUGUUUCACCAGGGAUAGGAAGGGAGGCUUCUUCAGCUCCUUCAUGAAAAAGAGAAAUGCUCCCACACCCCCCAAACGCAGCAGCUCCUUCCGAGAAAUGGAGAAUCAGCCCCACAAGAAAUACGAACUCACGGGUAACUUCUCAUCUGUUGCUUCUCUGCAGCAUGCUGAUGGGCUCUCUUUCACUCCUGCCCAGCAAGAGGCGAAUCUUGUGCCCCCCAAGUGCUAUGGGGGGAGCUUUGCACAGAGGAACCUCUGUAAUGACGACGGCGGUGGCGGUGGGGGCAGUGGUGCUGCAGGCGGUGGGUGGUCUGGCAUCACGGGCUUCUUUACGCCACGCUUAAUCAAAAAGACCCUGGGCUUGCGAGCAGGUAAACCCGCAGCCAGUGAUGCCACUUCCAAGCCUUUUCCAAGGUCGAACUCUACGUCUUCCAUGUCCUCAGGGCUUCCAGAGCAGGAUAGGAUGGCAAUGACCCUUCCCAGAAACUGCCAGAGGUCCAAAAUCCAGCUGGAAAGGACAGUGUCCACCUCUUCUCAACCAGAAGAGAAUGUGGACAGGGCCCAUGACAUGCUUCCCAAAAAAUCAGAGGAAGGUGCUGCUCCAACCAGGGAGAGACCAAAAGCCAAACUUUUGCCCAAAGGAGCCACAGCUCUUCCUCUCAGAACCCCCUCCGGGGAUCCAGCUGUCACAGAGAAGGACUGUCCAGGGGUGGGGGUGGCUGGAGUAGCAGCUGCCCCAAAGAGCAAGGAGAGGAACGGCGGGGCCCGGCUUGGCAUGGCGGGGGUCCCAGAGGGUGCUGAGCAGACAGGCUGGGCUUCUCCAGCCAAGGCUGCGGCUGUCCCCCCCACCGCCCACAACCACAAAGUGCCCGUCCUCAUCUCCCCCACUCUGAAGCACACUCCAGCCGACGUGCAGCUCAUUGGCACGGACUCUCAGGGGAACACAUUCAAGCUCCUGUCCGAGCAUCAGGUCACAUCUUCUGGAGACAAAGACCGACCCCGACGGGUAAAACCAAAGUGUGCCCCACCCCCACCACCAGUGAUGAGACUACUGCAGCAUCCACCCGUGUGCUCAGACCCCUCGGAAGAGCCGACGGCCCCCGCUGCCGGACAGCCCGCGUCAGAAACACAGGAAGGAGGGAAAAAGGCGGCUCUGGGGGCAGUGCCCACUAGUGGGAAAGCUGGGAGGCCAGUGGUGCCCCCACCUCAAGUGCCUCUGCCCACAUCUUCCAUCUCGCCAGCCAAAAUGGCCAACGGCACAGCAGGUACUAAAGUGGCUCUGAGGAAAACCAAACAGGCAGCUGAGAAAAUCUCAGCCGACAAAAUUAGCAAGGAGGCCCUGCUGGAAUGUGCUGACCUACUGUCCAGUGCACUCUCGGAACCGGUGCCCAAUAGCCAGCUGGUGGACACCGGCCACCAGCUGCUCGACUACUGCUCAGGCUACGUGGACUGCAUCCCUCAGACUCGCAACAAGUUCGCCUUCCGAGAGGCCGUGAGCAAACUGGAGCUCAGCCUGCAGGAGCUGCAGGUGUCUUCGGCAGCGGCUGGGGUGCCCGGGGCCAAUCCCGUGCUUACUAACUUACUGUCGUGUGUGCAGGAGAUCAGCGAUGUGGUGCAGAGGUAGCCGCUGUUAGCCUAGUGGGGACAGGCACACGUUUCUGAGGGGAGGGGGAGGGACUUGUUUUCCUGUGUUCUUGUUUUCAAAAAAUGAAAGACUGAUACUUGAGUGUGUUUAUGUGAA